CGGGAGCGUCCUUGUCGCCCCCGCAGCGGCAGCUCGGGGUGUCUGACAGGAGCGGGGCUCGCCCAGUCUGGUCCGGGGAAAGGCAGGGCUGGGCAGGGGCGUUGCCCCGCCUCGGGAGAGGCGGUCCGGGCGGGGCCGGCGUUUAUGAGGCUCGGAGUCACCACCUCGCCCGGGUCCGCACCUCCUCGCCUGCAGCCGUCGAGAGCAAGCCAGAGAGUGGAAAAUGGCAGACGGUUUUUCGCUCAAUGAUGCGUUAACUGGUAACCCAAACCCUCAAGGAUGGCCUGGGCAGUGGGGGAACCAGGGGGCAGGGGCCUACCCAGGGGCCUCCUAUCCUGGGGCUCACCCUGGACAGGCACCCCCAGGCGCCUACCCUGGACAGGGACCCCCAGGCGCCUACCCUGGACAGGGACCCCCAGGCGCGUACCCUGGACAGGGACCCCCAGGCGCCUACCCUGGACAGGGGCCUCCAGGCGCCUACCCUGGAGCACCUGGAGCUUAUCCUGGAGCACCUGCACCUGGAGCCUACCCAGGGCCACCCAGCGGGCCUGGGGCCUACCCGCCUCCUGGACAGCCAAGUGCUCCUGGAGCCUACCCUGCUGCUGGCCCCUAUGGCGCCCCCGCUGGGCCACUGGUUGUGCCUUAUAACCUGACUUUUCCUGGAGGAGUCAUGCCUCGCAUGCUGAUAACAAUUCAGGGCAUGGUGAAGCCCAAUGCAAACAGAUUUACUUUAGAUUUCAAGAAAGGGAAUGAUAUUGCCUUCCACUUUAACCCACGCUUUAAUGAGAACAACAGGAGAGUCAUCGUUUGCAAUACAAUGCUGGAUAAUAACUGGGGAAGGGAAGAAAGACAGUCAGUUUUCCCAUUUGAAAGUGGGAAACCAUUCAAAAUACAAAUACUGGUUGAAUCUGACCACUUCAAGGUUGCAGUGAAUGAUGCUCACUUGUUGCAGUACAAUCAUCGGGUUAAAAACCUCAAGGAAAUCAACAAACUGGGAAUUGCUGGUGACAUAGACCUCACCAAUGCUUUAUAUACCAUGAUGUAAUCUGAAAGGGGCAGAUUAAAAAAAGAUGGAAUCUAAACCUUACCUGUGUAAAAGCUUAAUGUUCACUGUGAGUCAAAAGUUUUACAUUUAUUCAUCAGUAUCCUUCUUGUAAGUCAUCUACUUAAUAAAUAUUAUGCUGAGUUACUUGU